CGACGGGUAAGCAGUGUAACACCCUUCGGCGUGUUUGAGUAGUAUCCUCUUAAUAUCGGGAGGAAUUCGGAGACCAACGGCAAGACGGGGCCGUUGUCCAGGCAUGAUGAUCUUGUUAACGGCAGCGUUCUUAUCGCUGCUUGGAUAUGUUGCUCCACAGAUGCCGGAUAUGCCCUCUGUAAUGGAACUAGUAGAAACGAUUGGUGAUAAGCAGAUGAGAUCUGUUGGUGACCUAGAUGAUUACACCCAAAGCCUUCUCCAACUAGCCCAGAUCCACAUGGCCAAGUCUUUUUCUGUAGAAGCUAAACGCUACAAAAGGGCCUUGGAUCUCGUAUCUGUGAGGGUUAAUGCAACGGAGGACUUCGUACCGCCCAUGGCAAAUCCUUCGUAUUUGAUAAGCCUGAUUUUAUAGGAGUUACAAAUAUGCGUGU